AUGGUGAUGCUCCGACGCACUGUGCUCACCGCCGCGUGGCUCGUUCCCGCGGCAUUAGCCCGUCCGUACGCCCUCGACACGAACGGGACGCUUGAGGCUCGCGGUCCUGGCGGGACGAAGACGGUUAUCGCUCAGAUGUUUGAGUGGACUUGGGACAGUAUUGCUGCUGAGUGCACCAACUACCUUGGUCCAACAGGAUACGGUUUCGUUCAGGUUUCGCCUCCACAGGAACACGUCACCGGUAGCCAGUGGUGGACCGAUUACCAGCCCGUCUCGUACAUUCUCACCUCUAAGCGUGGUAACCGUUCACAGUUCGCGAACAUGGUCUCCACCUGCAACGCCGCAGGCGUCGAAGUCAUCGCGGACACGAUCUGGAACCACAUGACUGGGUCCGACUCCGGCUCGGGCACGGCCGGCUCAUCCUACACGCACUAUUCAUACCCCGCAGUGCCGUACACCGACAGCGGGGAUUUCCACCAUUGCGGGCUCGAGCCGAACGACGAUAUAGUCAACUACGACAACGCACAAGAGGUGCAGACGUGCGAGCUCGAUAAUCUGGCGGAUUUGGCGACGGAGACGACGCACGUCCGCCAGACGCUGGCCGCGUAUGGGAACGAUCUGCUCUCGCUCGGUGUGUCGGGCCUGCGCCUGGAUGCCGCGAAACACAUCAGCGAACGUCAACGACAUCGCCGCGAUCCUCGCGAUGCUCGACUCCAAACCGUACAUCACCCAAGAGGCGAGUCCUCUGACGAGCUCCUUGUGAUCUUCGGAUCGGGGGAGCCGAUCACGCCCAACCAGUACACCGGCAACGGCGACGUCCAGGAGUUCCGCUACACGACCGCUAUUCAGCAGGCAUUCAGCUCGGGCGGCAUUUCGAGUCUACAGGAUCUGGACAAUAGAGUCUUCGUCACCAACCACGACACCGAGCGCAACGGCAACUCGCUCAACUACAACUCGCCAAACAAUAUCUACUGGCAGGCGCUCGUGUUUUCCCUCACGCACCCUUACGGGACCCCGACCAUCCUCUCGAGUUAUCAGUACAGCACGACUGAUGACGGCGCGCCGAACGGAGGCACCGGCACUUGCUCAGGAACCGGCGGCGUGAACGGCUGGUUGUGCCAGCACCGAUGGGUCGGCGGUAUGAUCGGCUUCCACAACAACGUUGGCUCGUCCGCGAUCACCAACUGGGUCUCGCCCUCCUCGCAGCAGAUCGCUUUCGGCCGUGACUCGCUCGGUUUUGUUGCGAUCAACAACCAAGAUUCCGCCUGGACAGCGACGUUCACGACUUCCCUUCCCGCAGGUAGCUACUGCGACGUGAUCGCGGGCCCCAACUCCACCGCGGGUCAUUGCGCCAGCACUGUGUACACCGUCUCGAGCAGUGGUACCUUCACGGCCACCGUCGGCGCACGGAACGCCAUCGCCAUCCACACCGGCGUCACCUCCACCGGCACCUCCACCACGACCUCGGCGGGCACCAGCACGACCACGAAGGCGACCAGUACCACGUCUUCCUCAAGCUCAUCCACCACCGCGAGCGUCACCGUGAACUUCAAGGUCGUCGCCACGACCACCUUCGGCGAAAACAUCUUCGUCGCGGGAUCUAUCGGUCAGCUCGGCAGCUGGGCCCCGGCUUCUGCGGUGUCGAUGAACGCGAACGCGUACCCGACUUGGGCUGCGAGCGUCGUCUUGCCCCCCAACACCGCCUUCCAGUACAAGUAUAUCCGGAAGGAGACCGAUGGAACGGUGAACUGGGAAGACGAUCCCAAUCGCUCCGACACGACCCCGGCUUCCGGGUCGCAGACUCUAAGCGACACCUGGAAAUAA